UAUAACCUUCACCAAACUUCAAAGCCUCCUCGACUUCUCUCCAUCUGUAACUCUCUUGCCUAUAAACCCUAACUGGUUCUUCUUGUACGUUACAUCAACAUCCGGUAUGUGGUGAAUAGGUGAUGAGCUUCUUGGUAUUUUAGCUUCGUGGUUGAGCAGUGAUCAUAGGGCUUAACAUCUCCAAAUUUCUGGAUAAAAUGUCUGAGUUUCAGGAGCAAAGGAAAGCAUCCAAGCCUCCUUCAAAAGUAGAGGCGGAGUUGGACAAAAUUAGCAACUUACCAAGUGAUGUUAUAGAUAUUAUUUUGGAACAUCUGUCGAUCAAGGAGGCAGUGAGGACAAGUAUUUUAUCAACGAAGUGGAGGUACAAAUCGGCCAUGCUUCAAAAUCUUAAGUUUGAUGAGCGGUGUGUUUCAACUCAAAAUCCUCUCACCUUUGCAAACAUUGUUGAUCAAGUACUCUUACUGCACAUUGGCCCCAUACGCAAGUUCAAGCUUUCUCAUCGAGAUCUUCUAACCACUGCUGAUAUUGAUAGAUGGGUUCUUCAUCUAUCAAGAAACUCCAUCAAACAUUUGAUACUUGAACUCGGGAAUGGUCAGCACUACAGCUUGCCUUCAUGUUUGUUUUCUUGUGAAGACAUAAUCUGUUUGCGCUUGCGUAAUUGUAUUCUAAAACUUCCAUCAACUUUCAAUGACUUCAAGAGUUUGAAGCGUCUUAACAUUGAGCGUGUUACAUUGACCCAAAAUGUGUUUGAAGAUGUCAUAGUUCAUUGUCCUAUGCUUGAGGGAUUGAUUUUGAAAAACUGCAAUGGUUUCACACAUCUCAACAUUGAUGCACCAACUCUCAAGUUCCUUGUCAUUGAGGGUGAUUUUGAGGAUGUUAAUCUUCGGAAUACUCUGAAUCUUGAAUACGUUUACAUUGCUUUGGAAUUCAAUGUCAAGCAAAAGCGGGUUGUUGGCAGUUCAAGCAAUUUGCUUAAGUUUGUCGUUCACCUAUGUCACAUUCGAUGUCUUGAAAUCACAAGUUACUCUUUAAAGUAUUUGGCUGCUGGUGCCAUGCCAGGAAAGCUGCCAGAACCAUUAAUAUAUCUGAAAGUUCUUUCUACGAGUGUAAGUUUCACUGAUCUAGAGGAGAUUACAACUGCUCUAUGCCUCAUAAGUAGCUCCCCAGCUCUACAGGAGCUAGAGAUUUUUGUCCACCGUGACGAUGGGGAUGUUGUGGGUGAAGUGAACUCUUGGUUAGAAAAUUUAGACGACAACUCGAAUUAUCAGUUCACCCAACUUCGAGGUAUAGAAAUAACUUGCAUCUCUGGUGCCAAAGCUGAACUAGAUUUGAUCAAAUUUCUGCUGUUAAGUUCACCUGUGCUUGAGCGGAUGACUCUUCAGCCCGCUUCUGGAGAUGGUUCUUUGGAAAUGUUAAAAAAGGUGGUCCAGUUUAGGCGUGCCUCAAUGCAAGCUGAGAUAAUCUUCUUGGACCCAUGAUUGAUCAAAAAUUACCCAAACAAAGUAACAAAUGAUGUUUAUCAUCUGCAGCUUAUAGACUUGGUUGCAUUUUGGUGAGUAUAUUAAGUGCAAGUCUUUA